AUGGAGCUCCCAGGAAUGACCACUAUUUUCUUGCUGGUCUGCAUCUCAUGCCUUCUCUUUGCCACAUGGAGAAGCAUAUCACAAAAAGAGAAGCAGCCUCCUGGUCCCAUCGCACUCCCCAUUGCUGGAAACAUACUCCAGCUGAACCCAUGGAACUUGCCGGAAAGCUUGAAGAAGCUCAGCAAGAAGUAUGGUCCCGUCUUCACAAUAUAUUUAGGCCCACAAAAGGUUGUGGUGCUGUAUGGCUAUGACAUUGUGAAAGAAGCUCUGAUCGAUCAGGCAGAUGACUUCAGUGGAAGAGGAAAUCUACCACUGCUUAAAAGACUCUUCCAAGGCACAGGCAUUGUGACCAGCAAUGGGGAGACCUGGAAGCAGCUUCGACGAUUUGCAGUCACCACCCUGCGGGAUUUUGGGAUGGGGAAGAAGAGCAUCGAAGAGCGAAUCCAGGAGGAAGCUUGUUUUCUGGUGGAGAGAAUCAGGAACACACAUGAGCGACCCUUCAACCCUGGCAACUUCCUAGUCCACGCUGUUUCCAACAUCAUCUGCUCUGUCAUCUUUGGGGAUCGGUUUGACUAUGAGGACAAGAAAUUUCUAACUUUAAUUGAGUUGCUAGAUGAAACCAACAAGCUCCAGAAUUCUAUACAAACACAAGUGUGUACACUAUACAAUUUCUUUCCAAUUGUCAUGGAGUAUUUACCUGGGCCUCAUCAAAAAAUGAUAAAAAAUACUGAAAAAGUUGAUCAAUUCAUUUUACAAAUCAUAGCAGAACACCAGAAAACCCUGGAUCGCACUUGUCCUCGAGAUUUUAUUGAUGCUUUUCUCAACAAAAUGGAACAGGAGAAAGAAAAUGGUCACACAAAAUUCACCGUUGAGACCUUGAGCAGAACCACGCUUGACUUGUUCCUUGCAGGAACAGGGACCACCAGCAUCACACUGAGACAUGGACUUGUGAUUCUCCAGAAAUACCCAGAGAUAGUAGAGAAAAUUCAAAAGGAGAUUGACUGUGUGAUUGGCCGAGACAGAAGGCCCUGCAUGGCAGAUCGGAGCCAGAUGCCCUACACAGAUGCUGUGGUCCAUGAAAUCCAGAGAUUCAUUGAUUUCCUUCCACUUAAUGUCCCACGUACUGUGAUCAAAGACACCAAGUUGAGAGACUAUUUUAUCCCCAAGGACACUAUGAUAUUCCCUACGUUGACUUCCGUUCUACAUGAUAGCAAGGAAUUUCCAAAUCCAGAAAAAUUUGACCCAGGACAUUUCCUGAAUGAAAAUGGUACCUUUAAAAAGAGUGACUACUUCAUGCCAUUUUCUGCAGGAAAACGCAUCUGUGCAGGAGAAGGUCUGGCCCGGAUGGAGUUAUUCAUAUUUUUAACAGCCAUCCUGCAGAACUUUUCUUUGAAAUCUCUUGUGGAUCACAAGGACAUUGACAUUUCCCCAUUAGUCAGCACUCUGGCAAAUAUGCCCCGGCCUUAUGAGGUCUCUUUUCUUCCACGUUAGCCAAGCAAAGACAGUUGCCAGCUCCCAAACUCAUGAAAGCUCUGGUUGAAUGACAGGCAUUUCCCAGACUGUUGAGACUGAAACACUCAGAUCAUUUGCUAGAUACUUUACAGAGAGAAAUGUGCCUAGAAAAGAAAAUUGUAUGGUGCUUUUAUAAUCACUGCAGCCAGCUCUAAACAGAAACAGAGUAGGCAAUUGCGUAAGAAAGGAGACAGCUCCCUGUGCAAAAUUAUACAGGCUCUCUUCUGCACCUACCUCACCUAGCUCAGGUUCCUAUCGGGCUCCUGACAUCCUGACAUGUCAGGCUGCAUGGACUCGUGCUCUGAGAGCCCUGCUGCUGCUGUCCCUAUUGCUUGAUCCUCUUGGCACAGCAGAAACAGAUGCAUGUACUCCAGGGCUUCCACAGGCUGCUUGAGGUACCUCUCCCUUGUAUUUUCAGUUUGUUUGUGACCUAUUUGUAAUGGUAGGCAUAAAACAGCGUCU